AUGCCUGCUGUGCACCCUAAGGCUACGAAGCACUAUCUAGCACUCACAGCGAACGAUCAUACGCAAAGGCAGCCCUUAUAUAGAAAAGAGGGCGAUACUGCUUCCUAG